CUCCUGAGUCAGGCAGAGGAGAGGAAGCAGGCAGAGAGAAAGCAGGGAAAGGAUCUGGUUGCAGGAACGGGUUCAGGUUCCUCUGAGGCAGAGAGGACUCAGUUGGACGCCAGAGAGAGGCCACUGGGUGACAGAAAGACUUCGGCAAAACCUCCUCCAUCUUUUCAUGGUGUCAGAGGGGAAGCGGUGGCUGUGGAAGCAGAUCAGGGUUCAGUGUGCUUUGAAGACGUCGCCGUUUCUUUCACAGACGAGGAGUGGGCAUUGCUGGAUCCUGACCAGAGAGCUCUGCAUAAGGAAGUCAUGGCGGAGAAUCGUGGGAUUGUGGACUCUCUCAGUGGCAAAAUGUUAGAAGUGAAGAACAAGGGAGACCACAGCAAAAUCCAUAUAGUGGAGAUGCUACAUAAAUAUUUGGGGUGCGGGGAGAGCUGCUGUCAGAAGGUCCAUCUCACUUCCCAGGAAAAAACUCGUAGAGGAGAGAAACAAUAUCAGUGCUCGGCAUGUGGAAAGAGCUUCGGUCACAGAACCUACCUCGCAGCCCAUCAGAGAAUUCAUAACGGGGAGAAACCCUUUCAGUGCCAGGAGUGUGGAAAGAACUUCCGGCGGAAGUACCAUCUCAUGUCCCAUCAAAAAAUUCACGCCGGAGAGAAACCAUAUCAGUGCUUGAAAUGUGGGGAAUGCUUUGAGAACAGCACAAGCUUAUGUCUCCAUCAGAGUAGUCACAGUGGGGAGAAACCAUUUCAGUGCCAGGAGUGUGAAAAGAGCUUCAGGCGGAAGGACCAUCUCACCAGCCAUCAAAGAAUUCACUCAGCAGAGACGCCCUUUCGGUGCCAGGAGUGUGGAAAGAACUUCCGUUGGAAGGCGAGUCUCAUUUACCAUAAAAAAAUUCAUACAGGAGAGAAACCGUGUCAGUGCUUGGAAUGUGGAAAGAGGUUUACUGUAAACUCAAGCGUCCGUCGGCAUCAGCGUAUUCACCAUGGGGAGAUGUCGUUUCAAUGCCAAGAGACUGGAAAGAGCCUCGGUCAGAGCACCCAUCUCAUGCACCAUCAGAGAAUUCAUACACGCGAGAAACCCUAUUGAUGCCUGGAAUGUGGGAAGGGCUUCAGCUGCAAGGACCGUCUCACUUCCCAUCAAAGAAUUCGCAGCAGGGAGAAACCAUAUCAGUGCUUGGAAUGUGGGAAGAGUUUCGCCUUUAAGGAAAGUCUUACUUCCCGUCAAAGAACCCACAGUGGCGAGAAACCAUAACAUGGCUUUGUACAAAUUUAAUUUUUGGAUACUUGGUACGUGAGGAUUUCAACAGUGUUUUUUUCUUCUGGCAACUCAGGAAAGAAAUUGACCUUGUCUCUCAAGGCCACGGAGUUCACACCCGAUAUAGGCAGCAGUUCUUUAUACUUCUUAUGCAGAUUUGCAAGGUGCUGGAAUACCUCCUUAUUGUCACGUCUGGGGAGGGGGACAAGAGCAGUUUGGCAGCACUGAUGAAGUUGCCGUCAACACUGAGCAAUUUAGACACGGCCACUUCAAGAGCCUCCCAGUUGCGAAACGGUGGUGCACCUUGUUUACUCUUGCUGCAAGACCUGAACCGCUGGAAAGAAAGGAGUCUCAAUAUGUUCACUGCCCUGGGCAAAAAUGAGGGUGCUCUAAAGGAUGCUGGGCCCAAAAUGGCAAGUCCUCGCAGCUCCCCACCCCUUGCUUAAGGGCUAACUCCAUUUUUCAAUUUCUCUCUCCCACCCCACUCCCCAGCAAAGCCUUUCCCCCAGUGUCGCUGGAGAAGAGGUGAGCAAUCAUUGGAUGGUAGAGUUUAAGGGUUGACACACACCCCCCCGCAAUACUAAGGAAGAACUUGGAACCGUCACCUCAUCUGGGAGCCACAAACCCGCCUGGAUCAAGGUCAGAAGGAUCCUUGUUUGUGGCCUCUUUCCUGUCAGCCUCCGUCUAGCGCAGCUUAUUCAGAAGGCUGGUGGCUCCAACAUGCUAGAAAAGUCACUCCCAGGAGGAGGACAGGAAAGCCCGUCUCCUCCUUACAAAAAAUCCAAAGGAGUGACCAUCAUAGAAUAAUUGUAGAUUUGGAAGGGAUGCCAAAGCUCAUCUUGUCCAACCCACUGCAAGGCAGGAAACAAGGAGAAGAGAAUUUUAUUGCCAUCCCAUUGACCAGCAACACAACCUUCAGUGCAGACGGCUCCUCUUCCGGGUUCCUGCUGGCCAGAAUGUUUUUCCAUAAUGCUCCAUCCCAUUCCCCGGGCUUCACGUGUUCUCUCUUUCCCCCACCCCCAGGAAGUCAGUACAGGUUCUGUGUCCAUUGAGUAUUCUCCAUUCUCACUCAGCUGUUUUGAGGUUCUCCCUCAUCCCCCCCCCCAAGAUAUUUGUGUUAUUUCUGCUUGACAGCCCCUUGUUGGGUGCCAGUCGUGCAGUUUUGGCACCAGAAAGAAUUCCUCGGGAUCCCUUCCCGCUCUACAGUUUCAUGCUGCUACUCAGUAACAAGUUUGCUAUAGGUGUUUUGCAGGGAGGGUGAGAGGCAUGGAGAAAAAGAGGCCCCGUAAUGUCGUCCCCUCCACUCUUGGUGCAUCAGAAGUCAAAGAAGCAUGUUGCUCCGUUGGCAAAGCAGCAGAAUGGCACAAAAGAGUGAGACACUUUCUGUGGGAAAUUGCAGUCAAACAUAGCCAUGCAUGAGAGCUAGUUAGUGCAUGAAGGGGUUAAGACCAGAGAGUUCUGUUCCAAGGCCCAGCUAGGUCAUGCCCCCCUUUACCUCUCUUCCUCCCUCCUCCCACUCUCUCUGUCCAAGGAGGACGUGUCUAAGCUUUGCUCCCAAGUUUAGAGCCCAUGUUUAGAACUAUAUUCUGUAUUUCCUGCCCAAGAGGAUUCUGUCAGCGUUCUCCUUGCAGCUGCAUGGAACAACACAUGUCUCAGACCUUUGAAUCUGUUAAUAAAGUGUUUUAAACUUA